AAAUCUUCUCUUCACGAACGCAACGGAAUUACGUCGUGGAUAUGGAUACGGAUACGGAUGGCGUAAACUGUUACUAGAUAGGAUGAAGAUUUUUGGAGUAGAAAUCCUUACAUGGACGAACCAAUGACCCCGCCUACACGAUGAGGUGAUGUAUUAUACCACCUCGAACAAUGGGUAGCGGUCAAACUAAAAAAGAACCGGAGCCUGAACCGGCGGUGGAGCCGACGCAGUUGAACGCCAGGGUCCUCAGAUUGACCAUGAAGUCCCUGGAUAGAUUCAAGCGCAGCGGGCUAAUUGACAAAGAGGUGAAGAAAGAUAUGAGUAAGAUGCCACCCAUACAACCUACCAAGAUCCGGAGGAGGGACAUUUUUGCUCCGCGCAAAAUGCAGGCAGUUUACAAACGUGUACUUUCAGUAAGCAAAGACGAGCUGUUGAGCUACAACAGAUUGAUAGAACACCUGACAGGCAGGUCAGGGAGUCCUGUGGAGUCUGUGUGGUCCAUUUACCUGUGGUUGGUCAACUUUGACCCCUCCAGCCCUCAAUUAAGUGGAUCAUCCAGUGUUGACACACCCCAUAGAGACCUAAACGACGUCAUUUCCGGCAAAUUGGAUAUGCAACUUUUGUUUAAUAUCGUAUGCAGAAAACUUGAUUUACCAUGUAUGCUUGCGGAAGGAUUUACAAAAAUGGACCGAUUUGUUCCCGGUUGUCUUCAGAGCGAGGCUAAGUUCUCCGCGGAUCACUGGAACUAUGUUUAUUUGGAAGGAGAGUGGAGAUUUAUACAUCCUGGGCUAGGGUCCACUGCCCCCCAAAAGAAUAGAAGCUUCUUCUUUCUUACGGAUCCUUCUAACUUCAUCCACUUUUGCUUCCCGUCUGAAACUCGCUGGCAACUUUCUGAGGACCCAGUUAUCUGGAAAGAUUUCUCCGGGUCACCGUUUUGUAAACCAAACUUCUUUGCUAUGGGAUUGAUCGUGGCGAAACCAAAGACGCCUGAACUGAAAAUUAGGAACGAGACUGUUGUCAUAGAAAUAUCAGCUCCUUCCGAAAUGAUGGACAAAAUAUUACUGCAUUACAAGGUCACGGGACAGAAAGUGAAGGAGUUCGUGGAGAAGGAGGACACCAUAUCAAACGACUCUUUGCCAAUCAGUCCUUAUCAAUCGACUGUUGAUCUGAAGGAGGAUUUGUCAGACCCGGCUUUUUUGCUUCAGCAAAUGUUCGGUAACCAGAUUUUCAAAAAACCGUUAAUAAGGAGCGAUGGCGGGUUCGGUGGACUGGCUAAAGAACAGAAAAAAACUAAUGAUAGUGAUGGCGACACUGAUGGAAAAUCGCUAAAAGAAACUGAUGAUGAGUCACCCAAGAUGAAUGGUAAUUUACACGAAACCAACGGGGAUGUGGAACCAGAAAUUAAAGCACCGCUUAUGAAUGGUGGACUGAAAAAAGCCCUUAUGAAACAGGGACUUCCUGAUGAGGAUGAAAAGAAAGAAAAGAAUAAACAAAGCCCUGGAAGUAUAAACAGCUCAAAGGUCAACCUUAAGUUGAAAAAGCUACCCAGGUACAGCUCUGGGAUUCCACGGGAGGAAAAACCGAGUAAGCUUGUGUUUGGCAGUUCACUAGUAAGCUCGAAGCAUGUCCCCCACAAAGCCAUGUUCACGCCCAGAAAUCCAGAGACAAUUAAGAAAAUGAUAGAUAAUGCGUUUAAGAAAUCAGAGACGCCGGCACAUGGAGCAACGGAAGCUCCUUACCCUGAUAAAGAGAUUGACCCCACGAAAUUCCCCACCCACCUCGAACGGUAUGUGUACCUCCAUUAUGGGUACUCUAGAUUCAUUUUUGAAAUUGAACUUCCGGUGACAGGAGUGUACACAUGUGAAAUUUUAGGCGAUCUCAUUAAUUUUAAUGACGUUUCACCGGAUGUUACACAGUUAGAGUCUAUCUGCAAAUUCAAAAUAGAGAAGGAAGGAGAAUCCCAGACUGUGCCGGCACUUCCUGUAGUACCGGAAGUGGGGUGGGGACCAAACCCGUAUAUGGCUGUGUAUGGGAUAAAGCCCCUGAGCCACACAGAUGGUCGUGUAUUUCUGGAGACCGGUGAGGAAAUGACGAUGCAAUUCGAGCUCUUCGGCACUAUUGACCUUCACACAAUAAAAAUUCAAACUAAACUGCGCAAUCCAAAUUUCAAAUCAGAAGAUCUGGAAGAUAAGACAAGGCACAUCAUUGUUGGAGAUACCAUGUAUGUUCGAAUCCUCCUCCCAGGGAAAGGCCAGUUUGCACUAAAGCUCUUUGCUAAGAAAAAGGGCGAACAGGGAUUUAAGAACAUUUGUAACUAUCUGCUCAUCUAUGGCAAAAAAGAUGUGAAGAGUCCAUUCAACGAAAUCAAAGAUGAUAAAUACUCGAAGCGGAUGCUACGAGAAAGACUUCAGAAGGCAAUUCUGUAUGGCAAUGAGACAGAAAUUCAGACAGCUUUGGAUGACUUUGAGAUGCAUCUCAUUCCGGACGAGGGAGAAGUAAAACUUGCAAAGAAAAGACUGGAGUUCUUCACGAUUCAGAAAGGACUGCGUGUUGCUAUCAAACGGAGACACCCGGAGACGAUCAAAGUCAUGCUUGCCAAGGGCAAAGCGUCGGACUACGCCCCGGAACUCCGGAAUGAGAUAACGGAGGCGGAGAAUACUCUUGCCAACCUUAACAAGCUUGCCGGAUUUAAUUUUCAUAUUCGGAAGUUGGACAGGGACAUUCUGGCAGAGAUGAAAACAUUUAUCCGACCGAAGCCUAUUGUUGUGGACGUGAUGCGCGUAGUCGUCAUACUUCUGGGGGAGGACGCGGAGGAGAUAACGGGGUGGGACAAGAUAUUACCACAUCUGCACAAAAAGGGAGCCGACAGCUUACUCAACAGAAUAGACAAUCUGCGAGUAGGAUCUCUAAACCCGAGCAUCCUGGUUACAGUAGACAAUAUCCUUGAGCAAUAUUCUUACAAGGAUAUCCGAGAGUCCAGCACAAAUGUCGCCGCUUUCCACAAAUGGAUCCAGCAAGUUUGUGAAAAACGGAAAGCCAUUAUAGCAAAGGAGGAAAAGGAAAUGUUCGACCGGGUACGAGGAAAGCUGAAGGCUAAAUCCAAUGAGAUUGCUGUGGACGAUUUCAUGAAGAACAUGGCGGCUUGGUGACAACGCAUUCAUAUAUUCUUGGACGAGACAUCUUCACUUAUUACAAUCAUUAGCAUUUAUAUGCAGAAUUGUUAGAAUCCGUAUAUCUAUGAAAAUGAAAACAGAAAUAAUAGAGAACUUAAAGACAAGUACAUUCUUCAAGCGAUUCUAUGAAAUAUGUUAGCAUUUGUUGUUCGCGUUUAAUAGGUUUUAUGCCUUAAAAUCUCACCAAAUGAAAAUACUCUGCUGGGUGUAAGUGAUGAAGUAGGGGAUUGUAAGUGGUUGCCAUUUAGUUGAUAUUUAAUGUAAGAUGUAAAGGCGAUAUUCAAUGGUUUACCUUAAGUCGAUAUUUAAUGGUUGCAGUUCCAUUGACAUCACAUAGUUGCCGUAAAGUUGAUAUUAGUGGUGUCCAUUUAUUCAAUAUGACUGAUAGCUGUUAUAUUGUUAUCUAAUGGUUGUCUUUACAAGUUGUUAUCUAAUGGUUGUCUUUACAAGUUGAUAUCUAAUGUUGCCGUAAAGUUGAUAUUAAAUGGUUGCCAUUAAUUUGAUAUUCCAUUGUUGCCCUUUAAUUGCUACUUAAUAGUUGUCUAUAAGUUGAUAUUUAAUGGUUGCCAUUAAAUUGAUUUAUCAUAUAAAUACUGUGUUAUGCAGUGUCAUAAACCAUCGCACAAAUGUAGGUUUUUACAUGAGUUUCCAUUUCAUAUGAGAUUUAUGAAACGAGACUAAGAAUCUUUCAAUUUAUCGAGCCUCUGGCGAGCUAAAAUGAAAAAUUCGUGACGAGUUUUAUAAAUUUCAUUUGAAAUGAAAACGAGUGUAAGAUCCUUUUUAUCACAUAAUCAAGAUAUGCGGCAUUUAUUCGUGAAACUGGACAAUUUUCAUGCAACCUCGAAAUGUAAAAAGCCGCCAGUUUGACUCCUUACGGAAGUCUGGGACGUCAUGUGAUUGUCCCAGGCGUGACGUCACAAUGAAAACAGUUGAAACUUACAGCCAAUCACAGGGCCGAUAGGUCAUAUUACAUG